CCGGUUUUGCCUUUCUCUCUGGGGCACUGCUUCAUUGAUUGGACUUGGUCCCUAUGCUUCCUUGCCCAUAACUACUUCCCUCUUUAUUAUGCUAUAUAUAGCUAAAAACACAUAUCCAAGACACUCAGGAGUCAGAACCAAGUUUUCAAAGCACAAAAAAUAUAGCGAGAAAAAUGGCCUGCUGGUCUGCUGAAAAUGCUACCAAAGCCUAUCUCAGAGCAAUAAAAAUGGGAAAGAGAGCAAAGGAGCCAGAUAUGGCAGAGUUCAUUUCAGCACUUGCUGCAGGCAACAAUGCACAACUAAUGGUUGUUGCAUGUGCCGAUGCAGCCGGCUCGGCCACCGCACUAGCUCUGGUGGCUGCAGCCCAGCAGACGGGUGGCCGAGUCAUCUGCAUCAUUCAAUCAGCUGACAAACUCAAUCCAUCAAUAGAAUCUCUAGGCGAUAACGUGACACACGUUGAAUUUGUCAUUGGAGACGCCUUAACUCUACUAAUGAAUGACUACAGAGAAGCAGAUUUUGUACUCAUUGACUGCAACCUCAACAAUUGUGAAGGCAUUCUUCAAACAGCAAGAAUGAUUGGAGAAAAUGUGAGUGUUUUGGGAUACAACGCGCUAUCUAUGGGUUCGUGGAGAUGCCAAAGCUUCAAUGCUCAUUUGUUACCUAUAGGAGGAGGACUAUUAGUAACAAAUAGAGUGGCUAAAAAAGGAGGUAAUUUGGGAGUUUGGGGAAAAAAGAAUCGUUGGAUUGUGAAAGUAGAUAAAUGCACAGGGGAAGAGCAUGUUUUCAGAAUCAGGUCUUCACAUGCAAAGCCAGUUGAAGCUUAAGCUCUCUGAUUUUAUGAACUCUGCUUUCAUAGAUAGGAGAAGAAGUUUUUUUCACCAUACAUCUCAAAUGCUAAGCUGAGAUCUGGAUUCU